UUGUAAACAAACAGGCGACAAAUUGGCCGAUAGCACUUCCUCCGUUCGUUAUUAUUUGCCUUUUAAGAGUUUUUAAAGGACGUUUUAUCCUGUCAGGGGGUAAAUACAGCCAAAAUGACCUUCAGAGCCCAUGCCCUAAGCUUCCUAGAUACGGCAUUAAGAGUACCACCGCUUUUUGUCAUGGAUGAAGUAUUAAAGUGCUGUUUCGGGUUUUCGAGAGCUAUUCAUGUCAGCUAUGCCAACAUCCUCAGCGACCAGAAUCCCUUCCUCAACGACGAGGGCUUCGGCGAACUUGACACGGAAGACAUGAAGGCCUGGCAGGUUGAGAACGACACUGCUUCCUUACUUGAGGCCGUCGACGAGGGCGGAGGGGAUGGCGGCGAUGAAUCUGUGUUCUCGUCAUUUGCCCCGGCCAUCGCCAAGGUGCUGAUGUUCAAGUUGGUGUACACUGCAGCGACCAUCACAUUCUUACUGAGCUCCCAGCGCUUGAUAAAAGUGUACUUGGUAGUUGCAAGCAUAGUAGUGAUUCUCACUGGCUACCAAGGCAACAUGGCAGUUGUGCGGCACUUAACCACUUCGCCACAGUCCACCAAGCCACCAGUCUUGAUGAGUGCACUGUCCCUAAACACCACAGCCCUUUGGGACAGUGGGGGCACGCUCUCUGCUCUGACAGUCAAUUACAUUUUACAGAGUUCCCUGGGCUACUUGUUUACUGCCCUCUGCUCGGGCCCCCAACAUCCCUUCCUGCACAAGCUCAUUAUUGUGUCAUUUCUCUUGCCCACACUGUCAAUGCUUCUCUCCCUCCCUAGUCAAGUCCUGUCCACAGUUCCAGUGGUGGCAGCCCUCCUCCCUCUGGCAGUGGUUAAGUACACUGUUGCCACAAACCUCCUCAAGUGCUUCCAAGUGGUUGUAGAGGGGUAUCAAUAUGCCCGAAGGGUCAUGAGGGACUUUGGCCUCCACUCACUCCUCGAGUCAGAGUGGGUCAGGCUAAAUGUCCCUAAUGUACUAAGGACCUUUUGGAUGAUUCGCGUGGCUCACCACUUGGUCACGCUCUUGGGAGAGUUCAUGUAUGUUCAUGGGGAAUACCAGUCUCUCUGGGCCUUGGAUAUGCCGGCUGUUUAUGUUAUCUUUAAAGCAGUUAUGACACAGGGCUGUGAAACUGCUGUGGCUCUGCUGGGUAUGACUAGCAUAGUGUCAUAUGUGAGCCAUUAUGUUGGUGUCGUGUUCCAGAUGAUUCUUCUGACUGUGGAAGAUGAUGAAAGGAGCAUGGGCACUGUGUGUGCUAUCUUAUUCUUUAUUCUGGCUGAACAGAGUGGCUUGACAGUAAUGGAAGGUGAGAAGAGAUUCAUUCGCCUCUGUAGAAACUUUUGUCUGCUCUUCACAGCCAUGUUGCACUUCAUUCACAACAUGGUCAACCCAGUGCUGAUGUCCCUCAGUGCUUCCCGCAACCCUGCCUUGUACCGCCAUGUUCGUGCCCUUGUCGUAUGCUCCAUGCUGAUUUUCUUCCCUGUGGUUCUACUGUUCGUCCUGUGGUCAUUCUACCCUCUCUCUACGUGGCUGCUGGCUGUCUCUGCCUUCUCCAUUCAGGUUAUUGUGAAGACUCUGGUCUCGCUGCUCAUUUAUGCCUUGUUCCUUGUAGAUGCCUACCGUAGUACUUUCUGGGAGAAGCUAGAUGAUUAUGUUUACUACAUCCGGGCUUUUGGUAACAGUGUAGAAUUUGUAUUUGGAAUCCUCCUGUUCUUCAAUGGUGCUUGGAUAUAUGUGUUUGAGUCUGGAGGUUCAAUUCGUGCCUUCAUGAUGUGCAUCCAUGCAUACUUCAACAUAUGGUGCGAAGCAAGAAAUGGCUGGACUGUUUUCAUGAAGCGUCGCACAGCUGUCAACAAGAUCAACUCUCUACCAGAGGCUACGCAGGAGCAGCUAGAGAAUCAUGAUGAUGUGUGUGCAAUAUGCUUCCAGGGGUUGCACAGUGCUAAGAUAACCAAGUGCAAUCACUACUUCCAUAGUGUUUGUUUGCGGAAAUGGUUGUAUGUGCAGGAUUCCUGUCCUUUGUGUCACGAGACGUUGUAUAGAACCGAAGAGAAAGAUGGCUUGAGAGGGGAAGGGGAAGGAGAGGGGAACCAAGGGGGAAAUGAGGAGACAGAAAGGGCCCAAGAGCAGGAUAUCCAUGGGCACCAGCGUGAUGAAAAUGUCGACGCUGAGGAACUACCUGUAUGGGGUGAGCGUGAGAUUGAUGUUAUAUUGGGGGAAAAUAUGAAUGGUGGAAACAGGGAGGUUGUGAUAGAUAAUGAGGUGGGAGAGGCUGUUAUCUCCCUUCCUGUGGCAAGGCCCUGCCAGAACCAGCAGGAAGGGGAAAACAACCAGAAUCUGCAAAACCCGGUGGAAGAUCAUGAAGGUGUUCAGGAGGAGGAGGGCAUAGGGAGGGUUAAUAAUCCCAAUGAAAAUAACCAAAUAUUUGUGAUUAGAUCACGUAGAAGUCCAGUGGUUGAUCAGGACAUAGGACAACAGUGACAAAUAGUAGUGUGAUUUAGAGGUAGCAUUGUUCAAAUGUGGUUGUAAUAUGUACCAUGUACUGUAAUAAGUGUACUCUUCUCUAUGAGGAGAGAGAAAUAGUGUGUUGCACAUUAUACUGCAUGCAUGGAACUUUAUAAUGAAGCAUGCAUUUGUGAAAUAGCAUGAAACUAAAGCAACUUAUGUGAAGCAAUAGUCAUUAAUUUACUCUCUGUGUACUAUCUGAAAAUACUGUGGCAAGGGUUGCAAAUGUUGCUUGAUUUGCUUAGGAAUGUAUAUGCCUGAUAGAAAAUAUAACUAUCGAUGAUUGGUAAUUUUACUAUUCAUUUUUCAUUAUAUCCAUUUGUGAUGUUGUAGGGGAGAGAAGGUAUCUUUAUUCAAUUAUUGUAAAUCUGCUUUCUUAAAUGCAUGAUACUGGCAUAAUAAUUGUUUCAUGAUAUUUUUUUUGUUCUAUGUUAAUGGUAUGAUGAUGGUAAUGAUUUUCCUUCAGAGUAAAGAAAGCAAAGUUUUUUGAAAGGGUGCUUGUUGUGUCAUUCCACAUUAGCUGUACAUAGUUCUCAUUAAAAGUUUCAUAUGAAUGGAAUGAUCCGCUUAUUGUAAAGUCUUCUGACUUUAGUGUGAAGUGUCUUUCUAUGUAAAGAAAAAAGUGAUUUAAUAUGUACUCAUGUUGUCUCAUAAGUGACACUACCUGUAGGGUGUCAGUUAUAUGUUUCUACUGGAUAUACUUAGCUAAACAAAAAAUGAAAAAAAAAGGAGUCUAGCUGUGCAAUGUUACCUUUGUAGGAUAGUGUGACUUAUCCUGCAUAUUCCAUUUCUAUAUAGAGUUGCUUACCACAAAGGGAUCUUCAGGUAUCGUAUUAAAAAAAUGUCAAUCUUUUUCAGUGCUUUGGAAAGGGAAUUCAGAUUGGUCUGUCUAGUACUGGAUCAGAAGUUUGGAUGGUAUUUUCACCCCCCCCCCCCCCAUCAGAACGUAUUUUUAAAAAGUACAAUCAAAACCUCUGUUUGUAGCAUCUCUCUGCCACACUGUACUCUGCUUGAUGGAAUUGGCCUCUGAUGUUCUGCCCAUUGAGUGAUAAUUUAACUGGCAGUUUCACACAUGGGAGAGGAUUUGUAUGGUAUAAAUUGCUCUGUGGUUUCUCAUUUUUUCUUAUUGAUAUUUUGAUACUCAUAUAAAAGAAUAAUAUAUGAUUGUCUAAAUAUAUAUGAAGUAAUUUUUGUAAAUAGAUACACAACACAACAGUAAAAGGGGUGAAAAGAGGGGCACGAGCUUGAGUGCCUGACACCAGUGACUAUUUACUAAAGGGAAGAUGUAUAUGAAGUGCAUUGUGAUUUUCUUGAACACUGUAGCUAAUGAGCACGAAGCAUGAACAUUAUCAGUGCAAUAUCAGAGGAUGUUGUAAAAUGGAUUUUGACAUUUUCGAGUAUUGUGUUCUUAUCACUAAUGAUGAACAUUAAUAAUGAAACAUUGAAUCUUAUUGAACCCUGAAUAUUAUAUUUGCUGUAUAUGAGGUAUA